AUGCUAUGCGACUUCAACCACUCGGUGGAUCAGAUCAAUCUGAUACUGGUGUCGAAAGACGUUCACUUCCAGCACCGACAUCCACGAAGCUCUCGAGCAAAGUUACCCGUCACGACCCAAGACACGCCUUGGGUUCUCUAUGAUAUCGGAUGUUGCCAACAAUCAUACAAUGCCGCUCUCCUUUAUUAUCUAUGUGCCAAGAUCCUCUCCAUCGGUGGUCUAGAGAACCUGCUCCUGCGCGCAAAGGCCCAACUCCCUGUGUCGCAACAUGAGAUCUCAACCGCAAUGGUGCCAUCCUUUGCUUCAGCCUGUCGUAAGACGGGUGACUCGAGGCAGACGGUCGUCUCGAGCUGGCAUCUAGGUUCCGGAAGGAUCGUUCGGAUCAUCAAGACCAAGUCUUGUGUUGGCGCCACUUGGCCAAUGUAUUUUAUUGGCUCCUGA